AUGCGCCUCUUCCUCCCAGCCUACUUCCUCACCCUCGGGCUAGCCACCGCCCAGCUCCUCGAGCGAUAUGGCUCGCUCCCAAUUGCCCCGAACGGCCUGAUGCCGCGCUUCUUCCUCGACAAGUCACAUCCGCUUGCAAAACGCGCCGGCGUCGAUUGCGGCGACAACCACCACAGCUGCCUCGAUAUAGGAUUCGGCGACGAGUGCUGCGAGGACGACAGCUACUGCUAUGUCAACACCGAGGGCAAUGCCAGGUGCUGCCCCAUCGGAUCCAACUGCACCGGCGACUCCGACUGCAAGUCGACGGCCUUCUUCUGCACCCGCACCGUCACCGCCAGCGGCACCCCGUUGGCGCAAGAGGGAUGUUGCAACCGCAAGUGCCCCGGGACCAGCCUCUAUCUGUGCCCGAGCAGCCUCGGCGGAAACUGCUGCUCCUACGGGGCCGAGUGUCGCGAAGGCGGCCGAUGCGUCUCGACCAAGUCGGCAACCAAGUCGUCGGCCCUGCUCACGCCCAUCGACGAGGGUUGCACCACGUCCCAGCACAAGUGCGCCGAUGGCAGCGGGUGUUGCAAUGACGGGCAGCAGUGCACUGAAGUCAGCAACACCGGCUACUGCGUCUCCGGGAUCCCGUCCGAGUCCAUCUCCGUCAUCCCCGAUCCCGGCGCCGACAGCGGCCUGUCCACCGGCGCCAAAGCGGGCAUCGGCGUCGGCGCUGUUGUCGGCACCAGCAUCAUCGUCGGUGCCCUGACUUGGCUCUGCAUCUCGAAGCGCCGCCAUCGCCAGCGCACCCUGAGCCGCCAUUCGGCCGGAAUCGAGGGCUCCGGCGACGGUCAGGAGAGUGUCCCGAUAGACGCCAUGACGGACAUUUCGGGCACCGAUAACAGCCGGGUCCGUCAAGGUCUGACCCAGGACUACUUCGGGCCGGCCGCCGUCAACGGCCCAUUUACGGAGACGGUCACUUCGGCGGGGACGUCGCCUGGUAAUGCCCGCGCAGUGCCCACGAGGCCUCAGAACCCUGGGGAUAUCACAGCGCCAGUGGAGAUCGACUCGACGGCCAAGGAUCCUGCUCCUGAGAAUGGGUACCUGUCACCCAUGACGAACUCCAGCGUCGCCCCGACGCCGCAAUCCGAGAUUGUCCAAGGUCGCUACGAGCUAUAUGGCUCCGACAGGAUCCAUUCGGAGCGUCCGUUAUCCAUCGUCCCAACACCUCAGGAGAGUCCCGUGAUUGAACCAGCUCGACGCGCGGAGCAAUGA